ACUCUCGAGCGCACAACAUGGCUCCCACUAGCGCUCCAGCCCUUCUUUGGGGUGGCCGAUUCACCGGCGCAAUCGACGACUUGAUGUUCCAAUUCAACGAGUCACUCUCCUUCGACAAGGUCCUCUACAAAGCCGAUAUCCAGGGCUCGAUUACCUGGGCCAAGGCCCUCCGAAAACUCGAGAUCCUCUCGAACGAGGAACUCGAUCAGAUCAUCUCCGGGCUGAAACAGGUGGAGAAGGAAUGGGAAGAGGGCAAAUUCGUCAUUGACACAAAGUCAGACGAGGACAUCCACACGGCCAACGAGCGCCGUCUGGGCGAGUUGAUUGGCUCAGCUGCCGGGAAGCUCCAUACCGGCCGCUCGCGCAAUGAGCAGGUCGGCGUCGACAUGCGGCUCUGGGCUGGCGAGCAGCUCAACGAGCUCGCAGCCAUCCUGAAGGACCUCCUCCGGGUCAGCGCGGCACAGGCAAAGGAGUAUCUCCCCAUCCUGAUGCCCGGGUACACACAUCUGCAGCGCGCUCAGCCGGUCCGCUUCUCGCAUUGGCUGCUGUCACAUGCCACUUUUCUUAUGGGCGAUCUCCAGCGGCUUGAGGGUGUCAAGGAGCGCGUCUCGGCCUGUCCGUUGGGUGUCGGUGCGCUUGCUGGCAAUCCGUUCGGGAUUGAUCGUGAAUUUAUGGCCAAGGACCUUGGGUUCGCGUCGGUGCAUCCGAACAGUCUCUGCGCUGUUGCCGAUCGGGAUUUUGUCGUUGAGAUCCUGCAGUGGGCGAGUCUGCUGAUGGCGCAUCUCAGCCGUCUCAGCGAGGACUUGAUCCUCUUCUCGACCGCUGAGUUUGGCUUUGUGCAGGUUGCAGAUGCCUACAGCACUGGCAGCAGUUUGAUGCCGCAGAAAAAGAACCCCGACAGCCUGGAGCUGAUCCGGGGCAAGGCCGGCAGAGUCAUGGGGCAGGCUUCUGGCUUUCUCUCCUCCUUGAAGAGUCUUCCCACAUCCUACAACAAGGAUCUCCAAGAAUCAGUCGAGCCUCUCAUCGACUGCAUCAAGACGGUCUCCCAGUGCCUGCGGAUCACGCAGGGUGUUCUGGCGACCCUCAAGGUCAAUGGCGACAAGAUGAAGGCCGCCUUGACAGACGACAUGCUUGCCACUGAUGUUGCGGAUUACUUGGUUCGCAAGGGCGUUCCCUUCCGCCAAACCCACCAUAUCGCCGGCGCCAUCGUCCGCAAGGCCGAGGAGGCCCGUGUUUCUAUUUCGGAGCUGCCACUGGAUGUUUUGAAGGAGAUCUCGCCUCUGUUUGAGGCCGACAUUGCACAAGUGUUUGAUUUUGAGAGGAGCGUGGAGAAGAGGUCCGCAUCCGGGGGUACGAGCAGCGGCUCGGUGCUUGCGCAGAUUGCUUCGAUUGAGACACUCGUGUCGAAGUGAAUUUUGCGCAGUCCUGGAUGCCAGAAAGUAGGUAAUGUUCUUAAGCCGUGCGGCGGAAUGUGGCAGCUCGUUAGAGUUUAAGACGGAGUGCUCGCUAGCGCCGGAUAUCCGGCCUGAAACCGAGAGCAAUGGACAUAGACUAAGAGAAUGGCUCAGGCCUUCUUGCAUUUUCAUGAGAGCAUGUAUCAGCGUGUCAAGCAAAGCAUGAGGGGAUGAAACACGCCGGCCAGCUUGCACUUACCACGUCAACCCGAGCACUGACACAGCCGGCAAUCUGAUUACGCUACGAGAACGUUGAUUGGCAGGUGCAGCUCAAUUCUGGCGGUGAAGCUGUGGAAUCUCUCGAUUUUACCACGUGCGGG